AUGUCUGCUAACGAUUUCUAUUCUUCCGGUGAUCAAUCCGAAUACAAACCACAACAAUCUUCUGGUAACAACAAUGACGGUCAACAAGAUAGAGGUUUCCUUUCUACUGUUGCCGGUGGUCUUGCUGGUGGUUACGGUGGUCACGAAUUAGGUGAAAAAGCUAACCACAGUACCUUAGGUACCGUGAUUGGUGCAAUUGGUGGUGCUGUUGGUGCUAACAAAUUGGAAGAUGCUUACGAAGACAGAAAAGACCACAAAAAACAAGAACAACAAUACGGUGGCAGAAACGACAACCAAGGUGGCAGAAACGACAACUACGGUGGUAGAAACGAUAACCACGGCGGUAGACGUGACGAUUUCGGUGGUAGACCAAACGACAACUUUGGCGGUAGACCAAAUGAUAACUUUGGUGGUAGACGUGACGAUUUCGGCGGUAGACCAAACGACAACUUCGGUGGUAGACCAAAUGACAACUUCGGUGGUAGACGUGAUGACUUUGGUGGUAGACGUGAUGACUUUGGCGGCAGAGAUGACCGUAGAGAUGACCGUAGACAAGGUGGAUGGUAA